AUGCUUCAAGAGCAUGAGAAGCUCAACCUGCAGCCAAAUGAACUGGGCUGUAACUUGGAAACUGUCAUUGGUGCAAUCAUGCUCUGGUCUGACUCUACUCAUCUAGCGAGUUUUGGAAAUGCUUCUCUGUGGCCGAUAUACUUGUUUAUUGGCAAUCAGUCAAAGUACAUUCAUGGCAAGCCAACAUCGUUUGCAGCACAUCAUCUCGCAUAUAUUCCAAAGAAUUUUUUUCUGUGCCUCAAAGACCACCUUCUGGGUUGCUUAUCAGGGUUGGCCUAUGAUGGAGAUGAAACUUCAUUUACUGCUGCAGAAUGGAACUCUGUCAUAAUCAUCAACAACUGGAUCUAUUGUUACAAAGUGCUUCAUGUCAACUAUACCACCUAUGACUUGCAGCAUGCUCAGGACUCCCUCAACCCUCGCACACAUGCAGACAUCAUAGUUCUUGCUCAUAACCAGGAAGACUCUCAUCCAUAUUGGAUCCCCUUCCAAAGAGAGAAAGAGCACCAUAGAUCAGAAUUCAAUGAGGGCUUUGAAGAAGAUGAGAAUAUGGACAAGGAGGGAGACAAUGGGAGUGGAGAUGAUAGUGAGGAGGAGACAGACAGCAUGGAUGAUGAGGAUGGGGAUGAAGUUCCAGCUCCCUUUGAAGCAAUGGUAGAUGACACUGUUGCUGACAAGAUGGACGAAUAUGAAUACUCCGGUGUAAAGAGUUGA